UCCAAAAAAAUAUCAAACUAACUCUAGAAAUUUCAUGCAUUUAAUCGAUUAUCAAAAUUAUUAAAUAGGUUUGGUGAACAAAAUUGAAAUUUUCUGCUUUAUCUGUGUGUUGAUCUAUGUUUUAUGCGUGUGUACGUGUGUCUGUCAACAGUUUUAUGCGUGUGUCUGUGUGCUGUUUUGCAGUUUUAUCGUCAAAUGUACAAGUAAACUAUGACUCGCGAUACAGCCAAUAGGGAUCCAGCUUGCAAUCUUAUUCUCAGAUUGUAUUAUUAUUUUGAUAUAAAACCCUCACCUUUUGUCAGAUGUUAUUAUCCUGGUUUGCCUUCACUGUUUUGCAGACACAAAUCUUGAAACUUUGAGAUUUGUGGGUGUCAUGGAUUUCAGGUCUGAAACUCCAUUUUUAAUCCAAAUGUAGAAUGGUUAGAAUUAGUGGCUCGUUUCUUCUUUCCUUGUACUCAAUGCCUGGUCUUAUUGUAUCAAGGUCAACCAAAUUUGGCAGCUUCACUGCCAAACAGUUGGAGGUGGAAGUGAAUUUUCAAGGUAGGAGGCCUAAGAGGGUGACUGAUCCUUUGAAUGAAGUGGUGAGAGCAAGACUGUGUGGGACUGGGAAUCAUCAAGAAACCCAAAACUCAAAAGAUGACUGUGUGAGUACUAGUAGUGGAAGUGAGCAUGAAGGGGAGUCUGUAAUUUCCUUGACUGAUAUGGUAUGUGGUUUCAUGGAAGAUGAGCAAGAAGCCUGCCUGGAUGUAGAUGAGGAGUCAGUCUCUGAGAGUGACUCUGAGGAUCCCAAUUCAGCUCUGCUAUUAGAGGUGUUACUGAGACUGACUGAAAAUCUUUCUCCUCUGCUCUUCUUUUCUUCAGGAGGCCUGGUCUCUUGUAGAAAUGCUGUUGAUUUGUGUCUGCUGAGAUAUGUAACCCAGGCUGUUGAGAUGGCAAAGAGAGACGUAAGAUUUGGUUAUGGGAAUGAGAAUGAGAAUAAGAGCCAUCUGCUGCGGAGUCUGAUGAAUCAGUUAAAAAUGAUGGGGUACAAUGCAGGAGUUUGCAAGUCACGACCGCAACACAGCAAAGACUUUCAUGCAGGAUAUUAUGAAUACAUUGAUGUGAUCAUGGAAAGAAGAAAGGUGAAGAAAGAGGAAAGAAUUUUUGUGGACAUAGAUUUCAGGGCACAAUUUGAAGUGGCCAGACCAACCAUGGAAUACAGUGGCUUACUGCAACUCCUUCCAGAGAUUUUUGUUGGAAAAACUGAGAGACUCCACCAGAUCAUCAGCAUCAUGUGCAAAGCUGCCAAGAGAUCACUCAAGAAGAAUACAAUGCACAUUCCUCCUUGGAGAAAAUACCACUACAUGAGAUCCAAAUGGCUUGGAUCCUAUAGAAGGAUCACCACCACCACCACCACCCUUGUUUCCACCACCACCCCUGUUUUCAGUACCACCAUUGAUAUGCCAGAUGAAUGGCAGCUUCCCACUGACAAUGCCACACUCAAACCUGCUAAAAAUGGCAAGGUUUCAGGGCUGGCAAGGGCCUUCACACAGCCUGCUCUUGCCCAGUAAGGAUCUGUAACAUAUUGUGUAUUGCACUGAUUUAACUGUUUCCUCCUGACAAAAGGCUUUCUUCUGGAAGGCUGCCAGCUUAAGUCAAAUUUUAAAAAAUUCAACAACUGUAAAGUUUGAUCCAGAAUAUAACUAAAUAGAAAACUUCAUUCUCAAAAGUGAAAA